AUGUGUACUCUGAAGCACCUCCUUUCGCCUUUUCUCUGCUGCUUUGGCGCCCGCCCUUCCGAAGACCACACGGCCUCAGACCUUCAGACCCUUCCUUCUGCCCUUUCAGUGCAACUCCCGCCUUCACAGAUCCCGCACGCUGUCAGUCAACCGGGUUCACAUACGGCAGAUAAGGAAGCCCUUCGCGACCUUUUCCGCUCCUCAUCUUCGGUCCGCGGCUACCGAACUGCCUCUCUACCGUCAGGAUCGAAUCUCCGAAGAGAGCCGUCCUUGGACACUGGUUUUCAAUUUGGGUCGCAAGGUCAACAUCGGAAACAGCCUAGCCGGUUAGAGCAGUUGGGAAAUCACAUUAAGCAAAAGCUCUCUGAGUCGAGGCUGAGCAAAAGCAGCUCGAAACCCCAAAUCGCAUCCGAGGACACUGCUAAUGAUUCAACAAGAUGUGGCAAUGCACACUUGGGAAUGAGUGCCCCUGAGGGGAUGCUGAGCCAACGAUCUACUGGUCUCCUCGAGCUUCUCAUGUCGCGGACUGCUAGUCAAGGCGGCUAUGACAGCGAUGCAAAAAGCAUCCAGACGGCCGCAUUGAAGGCGAGCGAUGGCACAAUUAAAUACAGUCCGCGAAGAGUACUGAGUCUAUCUUCACCGGCUGACAUUCAACCCAUUGCCACCGACGGCCCCCCGCCGUCUCCUACAAACAGUCUCGCCCCAGAGGUCCCUCAUGUCCAAGCCGAUAGCGCAAAACAUCCUUCCACUCCUUCCACUCCUUUCACUGCAUCGGAUGCCUCCUUUACAAAAGUGGUCCAGGCUGCAGAUGACGAAGCACCUUUUCAGGCCCCGAAGCAUCUCAGCGGCCGAGUAUUGGAUGGCACCAUCGAGCUCGCAGAGGCAUCGGAGUCCAGCACAAUGCCUCCUUUUGUCGCCUCCGAGGUUUGGGAGCAUGAUCCAUUUACUAGUUCUCCCUCGAAAGACCAUGCUGUGUCUGGACACAAUGGUGAAGAAUUUGCUGAAGUGCUCAGGACGCUAGGGAAUACUGUAUCCGUUGCCAAAAGAGAGAGUCAGAUCUCCAAUGCGACAGGUCCACGAGCCAGCUUGGUGUCGGAUUUGGAUCCAAAAUUGCUCGAUUUCAUUUCGAAAUAUGGCGAGCGCCCAUCGACUGAUAUUGCAGGAAGAACGUCCGAUGAUAAUGCUGCUGCGUGCGUGAUCAAAUCGAAUUCAAUGACCAUCGCCGACAGAGAUCCUUUUAGCGCUUCAAUGCCUGGGAGAGAAGGCAUCUCCAGGAAGGAUCUUUCUUCGGUCGCCGGUUCUGACCAGAGCUCGGUGCAUCUGUACAAUAUGCGAAUCUCUCAACAGCUCGCCAGUCCUUCCUUCAUUGCUGCUUCCUCCAGACCGAACACUAGCCACACAACCAUCCGAGCGCCAAGAGAGAACUCUCUAGAUUUUCGCCCUUCAACCAGCCAGACAUCUAUAGCGGGCAAAAGCAGGGGUCUUAUCACAGUUGAGCACAACAGAAGGCCCUCGGAUCCUGAAACUAAACGACUCUUCGAAGGUGACUUGGCUAGACGACGGGCAUGCUCCAGCCGGAAACCUGGCACUUCACCAGCCCGGUCCACUGCAUUCGGAAGGCCCAAGCCCUUCACAGGCACCGGAGAUGCCUCAUCAUUCUGCUUGAGUGACGGUGAGGUUGACGACAUUGGACCGUCUAAGCGAAGUACACACAAGAGAAAUCCAAAUAGCAUUGCAAUUGGUGGAAGAUCAGAGUCCAUUAGCUUACCUAUAGGAUCUUCAAGCGCCAGCAUCGGCAACCUGUCAGUUGCAGAGGAGAGUGCCUGGUUCAGCAGGAAAUCUUCACAGCAGAAUCAAGUGGCUGAACAGGCGGGCCGGGUUCGAGGGUCCGCUACGAGGAAUAGAAGUGUCAGUAUGCCAGAUCAGAGUAAUGUGGAUUCCCGCCCGCAACUCGCUCUUCCUUCGCGGCAAUUUAAGCAUUCAACCGAAGCCAACGAAGCAAUGAGCGAAAUCAGCACCGAUCAAUUACAAGACGCUAGGAGAGAACAUUUGACGGAAAUCAGUGUCCAAGCCGUUCGGGACGCACACAAUGAAAGGAUGAGCGCAAUCGAACCUCCAGUCGACAGCUAUAUCACCACAGCCCGGCCAGAUUCAUGUAGCCAGCGGUCAUUUGUCACAUCUCAUACGAGACAGUCACCACCGUUUUCGAAAACCUCUGUUACUGGACGGCGUUCAAGGUCGGAAGAUGGAGGUACGGCGAGAUCGGUCUACGAUGGCCCCAACAAGUUUCAAGAGUCUGCCACCGAUAUGUGGCAGAGGUCGUUCAAACGAGCUAUGGAAGAGCCUGAAGAAGAUACACUAGGUGGUUUUCUCACAUCGCCAAGAUUUGACCGUGACGGCAGACGAAGAAGUACCAGGUCGAGCAUCAGUGCAGGACAGCUAUCUCAUCAUGGCCACCGCAACUCGGACGUGGAAAACGACCUGGAUUUUCUGCAAGAGACCCAAAUCCAGAACGAAUCGUCUAGGCUCGAAGAGAAUCGUCGUCUUCAGGUCUGCAUAAAAAAGCCUGAUCCACUGCCAUCUGUGAACCCCAGACGAAGCAUUGCGAACAUUGAUGCGGCCAAGGAGACACCCAACACUUUGCCAGGCAAGAAGGCAUCCAGAAAAAAGAGUAUAUUGGAUAUUGGAAGACGGUUCACAGUCAUCGGAGCUUCCGGCGAGAAUGGGCGGGCUUCGGGGGCAAGCACUCCACUGAAGGAUCUCUUCGGUCUCUGGGGACGCUUUCCUAGCCAUACGAGGGAAGAAAGAUGCGGUUCGGCAGGACCAAAAGACGGUAUUGCCGUACGAGACUUCGCUCUCGACUAUCCAGAUGAAAAUACGCCUUCAUCUCCGUUCCCCCGGACGCCGUGGACCCGCCCCACGACGGCACGAGGGUCACAAACUCCUGGAUCUUGGAAGAUGCUGCAAUUUGGAAAACAUGACGGUGGGGCUAAAGCCAAAAACAAAGUUAUACGAAGCACGCAGUCCCUAGGUAUGCGGCACAAAAAGAGCCGGAAAGGACUCGCCGGAAGAUGGAAAAGGCUCUAUCGCAGCAGCAGCACUGAAUUCAGAGCGUACGCGCACACUCACGGACAUCGGAGCAGCAUAAGCGUUGGCGCUGGUGUGGAAUAUCCAGAGCUUGAAGUGAUCGCUGGGGCUGAAUGUCGGAUUGGUGGCUGUGAGGCGUUUGACUGGCGACCACAUGUGGAUGGACCUGUGGAAACUGAACCCCUCCAGGAGUACCAAGUGGUACAUCGUUCGCGAGCUUGCUCCCCAGAACCAUUGGAUACUCAACCUUGGACUCGCAUGUAUCAAGAUUGUGUUGGGAGCCUCUCAGCCUUGAAGAGCGAUCCCAACCUGAAAUUGGACGGUCUAGGGGGAGGGCCUGAUCGAUUAUAUGACCGGCAUCUCACCAGUGAGAGUGUGCAAAGCGGAGAGUUGAGGGACAGCACCGUCGAUUUCGAACAACAGCUUGGGAAGGAGCACGAGACAGUCAAAACCGGCCUUAUGCGCAAGAUUGAGGGUAUGGACCAGAGUGAGGAGCGAUUGGGUGUCCACGCAAGAUCCUCAGUCGAGACUUAACAAGCACGAGCAGACUAUGCUUUGCAGCAGAGGUAGCUAGUAUGAGUUAAUGGACUAUAGGUUAGUCGUGGGGAAGUACGGCAUUCUAGGUGGCGGCGAUAGAAAAGCAGAGAUACAAAGGC